UGGGGUGAUAAUGAAAAGGGCGGAUACUUUGGCACAGUUUGUCCAAACUGCAGGUUCACCCGUCAGUAUUAUUCAUUCAGAGCGGAAUCACUUGCUGACUGGCAAAGAACAUUUACUGCAUGUUCCGAUCAGCGUAGGGAGAGUGAAGAUACAGAACUAAACAUGCUGACUCUUUGAACCUGGAGAUGAGAGGCGAACCUGCAUCUGCAUGGGACUCUGGGAACAGCACCAUUUGGGAGGAAUACACUGACAUCGCUUUUGUGGUGGCAAACAGCUUGAUUCUGUUGAUCACCUCAACUGUGGGGAUUGCAGCAAAUAUUUUUGUCUUGCUUGCAGUUUAUCAUCAAAAAUCACUGCAAACUUGUAAUAACGCACUGGUGGUGAAUCUUGCCGUUGUAGACUUUCUGCGAUGUGUAACCGACUGUCCCAUUCUCUUGACCAUCGUCUUGACUGUGCAUCAAAGAGGACGUGUGGACGGGUUGAUCUGUGACACACAAGUGGCCUCUUUCUCUUUCAGCUGCUGUAUCCAGCUGUUGACGCUGGCCUGCAUAAGUGCAGAGAGAUACCAGGCAAUUGCACAACCCUUCAAAACCAGUCAAAGACGAAGACGAAUUAUGGUACUGAUUCCCGUCAUAUGGACUUUGGCUAUUGUGGUGGCUGGUGUUUGUCUGAUAUUUGUGAAGGACUCACCCGUACACAUGAGGUGCAAAGGAUUACAGCAAGAAGGAACGUCCUCCUAUGACACCUUUGGACUUUACAUGCUGUUCCCACUUUGGGUAGCUUGCUUCGGUGUUAUCAUUGGUUUCUAUGCUCGCAUAUUUAUCCUUGUGAGAUCACACAAUCGCAAAAUAUUUGACAAAGGUACGACUCUUUCAAAAGGAGACAAAACAGAAGAGAAGCAGAAAAAUGGAGAAACCACAGUGGUGGAAAAUGGACAUGAAAAAUCUGAACAAAAGCAGACCUUGAGCAAAAGUGUUGCUCAGGUGGAACCAGUGACACAAGCUAAACCAAAUUCAUCCAAUAAAGAUUCCACUAGUGCUCUGCUGACCUCAACAAAAGCAGUGCAAUGUGUCUCCAAUUGUUCAGGGAAUAAAACAGAAUUAAAAAAUACACUUGAGAUAACCGACUUUGAAAGAGAACAACCUUGCCCACCCGCAUUGCAGGUUGUGGUGCAGACUGAGGAGAAACCGUUGAAAACAGAAGAGCCCAGUUCCUGUGCCAAGAAAGUUGAAGCAAAACCAUCAAAUGGAGAUGCUGUUGCUAGUGUUAAGAGCUCAGCCACAAAGCCGCAGAAGGUGUCAAGCAAUUUCGACGCAGAGAAGCAGUCCAAAGAGACAACAGCUGCCAUUCAGGACGUGGAGAUUCUGUCAGUCUCUGUCGCCUGCAUCACAUCUCUGAGUGACCCAAUCAUAUACGCUGCGGUGAACCCUCAGUUUCGGACAGAGUUUUAUAAGCUUAAAAACAGGGCUGAGUCCAUAUUCAAGAAGAAAUGA